CUGCCAGGCUUCCCCACCUGUGAGGUCGUCCGAUGUCAACUGAUGUCAGGAGCCGGCGGAUUUCAAUCUCUCUCUCUCUCUCUGUUUCACACACUCUUGCUCAGCUGACAGCCCCUCGAACCUGAAAAAUAUUGGGCGUCGGGGCUCGAGCUAAAAGUCACGGCUGUCAGGUCUCUCGGCAGGUUUUUUACCUUUCAGGGUUUUGAUGUGUACUGCGCCUUUCGCCUUAGCAGCGCGUUAAAACGCAGGCCGUCCACGCCGUAGCGAGUCUCUAUUCUCGAAUCCACCGUCUUGCAGCCUCCCCCUCCAUGGGGGAUUUAGUCUUUCUAAGCUGGGGCUCGUGACAGAGUGCGGAAGCUCAUUUCCACACUUCAUCAGCUUAUACAGUACUCUGCAUCGUCAUUAUUUAUUCAUGUAUUCACAGCGGGAAUCGAGUCAUCAGCUUUCCAUACUGAUGCAAACACCUGUGGUUUAAAGCCGCCGCACCUGCCUGAAAUCUUCGCACUCGGCGCUUCCAGGCCUGUGUUUGGAACAUUUUAUCCUGCUGUACAGCUUUAUGUUGGCGCUCAGCGCUCUUUGGUCGAACCCCAAUGCCUUUAAUUUAACUCCUGUCCACUAGCAAAGGGUUGUGUCCCAAGAUGGAUCGCAGCCUCCUGUAGUUCGUGGGCCUGUCACAGAUCGGGUGGGACGGGUGGGGGUGGGGGUUUAGUGGAGGCCGACAAUCGGACCCUUCAGUCAUGCUGUCCACGGUGCAGCCGUGCUUCCAGUUGCUCCGGAUCGGCUCGUCGACGGGCGACUCGGCGCGGGACCUGUACACAUUCAGGCCGGCCCUGAGCCGCUCUGUGUUCCGCCUGGGCCGAGCGGCGGAGCUGUGCGACGUCACGCUGGACUCGGCCUCGGUGUCCCGCAUCCACGCCGAGCUGCACGCCGAGAGGGAGGCGGGCGGCGGCGGGGCGGCGCCGCAGGAGGAGGGCUGGAUGGUUCACGUCGAGGACAGGAGCAGUCAUGGCACCUGGGUCAAUGAGGUCCGCCUCCAGCCCGGGGUCCAGUGGGAGCUCUCGGAUGGCGACACGCUGACCUUUGGCGGCCAGUCGGCCCCAGGGAGCCCUGAAUUCUACUUCCUCUUCCAGAAGGUCAAAGUUCGCCCGCUGGACUUCGACGCCAUCACCAUCCCAAAGGCGGGAACCUUUUCCUCUGACUUACAGAACCGGAUCAGGACUAACCUGGACCGAAAGGUGGCAGCCAACCUGGACCUGUCCAAGCUGUCCCUCAACCGGGCCACCGUCAUCCUCAACUCCAUCGGCAGCCUCAGUAAGAUGAAGGGCAGCGCCUGGACCUUUAAGAGGAGCUACAGCCACGAGGGGACCGUGUCGGACCCCGGCUCCUCCUCCUCGCCUCCUCUCGCCGUGGGCUUCUCCUCUCUGCUGCCUCCCUCCACCCCUCCGUCAUUCUCCUCCGCAGCUUCAGCGCCCUCAACAAAGUCCCUGCCGCCGACCUCCCGGAGCAGGAGGAAGUCGGCUCACACGGUGCUCCUCGAGGACGACAGCUCAGACGAGCCCAGGAGCCGGGGAGUUCUGGCAGGAGUUGUGGAGGACGGGCAGAGAGCGAGGGGGAAGAAGAGGCGGCGGCUCUACAAGUCUGAGUCAGAGGGUUUCAGCUCUCCUCCUCCUCUGCCACUGCAGCCCAAGAGCCACAACGAUGUCAGGCGGCCGCUGGAGGCGAAGCCCUUCCCCGUCGGCAUCAGGACCAUUGGCAGCUUCCACGGCGCCAUGACGAACAGCAGACUCAACCACCACCUCCUCCAGGCGUCGUUCACCAACGCCGCUGUUCACAAACAAGAAGUGGAGACGAUGCACCGCAUCAAGACGGUGGUGCAGGGCAACAUCGCAGCCUUCCGCCAACAGAAACCUGCCCACAGUUCUCCGGCAGCGCAGAGGGGCAGGCGAAGAGCUCACAGCUCUCCGGUUUUCUCUCCCCUGGUGGUGGGAGGGGAGAACUACAGCCUGGCCUCGCCUUCGGUGAGGAUCCGCGCAGAGGAGAGAGGCAGGGUCCAGUUCAACAGAUUUCACCAUCAAGCUAGCAAGCGACGAGGCCGCCCCAGAAAACACCCUCUCCCGCCCCGGCCGUCCCUGCCCUCUCCAUCCUCCUCGUCUUCCUCUUCCACCUCCUCGGCCUCCUCCUCCUCCAGCUCCUCCUCUUCCUCCUCCGAGGAUGAGGAUGACGAGGAAGAAGACGAGGAGGCGACAGUCGGGGUGGUGGAGCCGUGUGCGGCCCCGCGGUGCCGGCUGCCUCAGCAGGACACGGUGCAGUGGAUCCAGUGUGACGUGUGCGACGCCUGGUACCACAUAGACUGUCUGCACGUCGACCGCAAGAAGCUCCUGAUGGACCCAAACGCUGACUUCCACUGCGGCUGUCGCUGAUAGGAGGGAAUCGGAGUUUGUGACCAUGGAAUGAAAUAAAAGCUCCAGUUUAGACUUUCAGGUUACCGUAUUUUCCCCUUAAAUGUUUAUUUCCUUCAGCCACCUGUGGAAAUGAGCAGCCUUUUCAUUGAAUUCAGGCUACUACUACUGCUAAUGGCCUGGGCUGCUCUUCUCGGGCACGCAGGGCUUUUUCUCUACCCUCAACAGCAGCUGGCGAGGGCGGGAAAAGUGUGUCCUUUACAUUUUUUACGUCCCGAUCUUUACCAAGUUUGAGGAUUUGUGCCGCAGUCGCUCCGCAAGCGUCUCGUUCACUCAGUAGCGGGGCUCAGGAUUCGGAAGAGGAGGCAAAACUGCACUGAAAUGUCUCGGGUCAGAUUUCAUUAUGGCCUUGACCGCCUGGAGAGGUGCGAUCAGGGUGGGGAAGCAUGAUGAAAUGUUUCUGAGUACACUCCCACCGUGGCUGAUGUUGACCAGGGGGCAGGCGGCGUUCGGGAAGAUUAAUGAAAUGUUUCAGAUCAGGCUGCCACAGUAGAAGUCUCUACAGGGCCAUUAAACUUUCUUAGAUGUCUCAGUGCCGCCACUUUCACUAUGCUACCAAGCGGCUCGGUUUUUCACGGCAGAUUAGAACCCUCCAACACCGCUGGGAUGGUGUUUUCCCACCUCAGCAAUAAUAAAACUUGAUGAAAUGUUUCAGCGCAGCUUUCCUGGGUGGCAGCAGCUGUCCAGGAGUGGGCAUGUGAUGUUUAAGGAUAAUUAAACGGCAGGAAAUGUGUCAGCGGACUUCUGUUGCUGCUGAUGACGAGGGCUGCUCUCGGGACAGUAAUCAAAUGUUUUUGAAGGCAAUCCCGCAGCAGCAGCUGCUGGAUUUUUUUUGGGGUGUGUGUGUGUGUGUGUGUACACUGGGACUGUGUUGUUUCCUAGAUGUCUGAGUGCAGUGUGGCUGCAGCUGGUUCGGGAGGACUCAUUAUCCUUGAAAUGUCACGAUUCAGAAAACGAUCUCAUCGUUGCUGACUGAUGGGUCGAGUCUUUAAGUCGCAGAUCAUUUUAAGGUUGCCUCUUUAGAUCCAUCCCCAUCCUUUUAGUGUCUCUUCACAGUACUGAACCCUUGGGCCAAAGUGGAGGCUUUUGUCCCGGGUGAAAUGGGCUGGACCUGAGCGAGCUGUUCUCCACCACUGACCAGUAGAUGCAGGCGUACAGUAUCUUUGCUCAGAUGCUGCUCGAGUAGAAUAAAAUCAACGAUCAUAACUCCAAAUUCUUCUCUUGAGCACCUUUUGUUUGAUUUUAAAUCUAAAUUUCUACUUGGGUUAGUUUACCAGGACCCAAACAGCCUCUUGUGUAGCUAAAGUGGCGUCUUCGAGCAGUUUACCUUCUGUACUGCUUGUUAUAAUCUCCGUAAUAGUUUUGACUCUGAGAUACCGAGAUGGUGGUAGUGUUAAAACAAAA